UAGUAAGUAAAGUGGGCGGAGGAGGGUGCAGCUCUCUGCUAUUACGUCAGUGUACAUCACAGGGACACACAGGACCUUUUUGCUUCAGGUACUCGGGGUGACUCCCUGCACAGAAAAAAAAGGCGAAUCUCGGUCACCCUAAACACGCUCACCUUCCAAGCAAAAGGAUUUGGUAUCCGAGCGCACGCUGGCCAAAGUUCAACAGCAGCAGUGCAGUGGAGCAGGGAGCUGUCCGUGGUGCUGAAUUCAUCAGCUAACAGAAAUCCCCAUUGCACACUCAUGUGCUUGGGCCGCUCCUGAUACAUCCCAUUCCUAGCAGCAAUUGACCACCACCUCCACAUCCAAGAUGGACGACGACGGGCGUUACAGGGACAGCCGCUCCGACUUUAUCCGCGGCGCCAAGGACAUUGCCAAAGUGGCCAAGAAACAGGUUGGCAAGAAGGUGGGGCGCAGCGUGGACAAAAUGGCCGACGAGUACACCAAACGCUCCUAUAAACGCUUUGAGGGCGAUGAUGAUGAUGAUGACGACUAUGGCGCUGUGCCUAGCAACGACGGCGGAUAUUACCGAAAUGACAGCCGGGCCAAUGAUGAUGAAGGUCACAGCGACUCCACUGAAGGACACGACGAGGAUGAUGAGAUCUAUGAAGGAGAGUACCAGGGUAUCCCGAGGGCUGACUCGGGUAAGGCUGGCGACAUGGACGGCGUGGCGGCCGCCCAGGCACAACAGUUCAGGGAUCUGUCAGCCUACGAAAGUGAGAGGAGGAAAGACCAGGAGGAGUUGGCUCAGCAGUAUGAGACCAUCCUGCAGGAGUGUGGCCAUGGGAAAUUCCAGUGGACACUCUACUUUGUCCUGGGGCUGGCGUUGAUGGCUGAUGGCGUGGAGAUCUUUGUGGUCGGCUUCGUUCUGCCCAGUGCAGAGAAGGACAUGUGUCUAUCUGAGCCCAACAAGGGCAUGCUGGGUCUGAUCGUGUACCUUGGGAUGAUGGUUGGGGCCUUCGUGUGGGGUGGCCUGGCUGAUCGGAUUGGCCGUCGGCAGACCCUCCUUAUCUCCCUCUCCAUCAACAGUGUGUUUGCCUUCUUCUCGUCCUUCGUCCAGGGCUACGUCUCGUUCCUUUUCUGCCGCCUGGCCUCUGGUGUGGGUAUUGGUGGCUCCAUCCCCAUUGUGUUUUCCUAUUACUCUGAGUUCCUGGCCCAGGAGAAGCGAGGAGAGCAUCUGAGCUGGCUCUGCAUGUUCUGGAUGAUCGGUGGUAUCUAUGCCUCCGCCAUGGCCUGGGCCAUCAUCCCACACUAUGGCUGGAGUUUCCAGAUGGGCUCGGCCUACCAAUUCCAUAGCUGGCGUGUCUUUGUGUUAGUGUGUGCCUUCCCCUCUGUGGCGGCCAUUUGUGCCCUCACCACCAUGCCCGAGAGCCCCCGUUUCUACCUUGAGAAUGGAAAACAUGACGAGGCAUGGAUGAUUCUGAAGCAGGUCCAUGACACCAACAUGAGGGCCAAGGGCUACCCAGAGAGGGUCUUCACGGUGACCACCAUCAAAACAGUGAAGCAGAUGGAUGAACUGGUGAACCUGGGUGAUGGUGCCGCCUGGCAUGAGAAAUGGAGGACAAAGCUCUCUUCACUAUUCCAUCAGGUAUGGAGUAAUUUCCUGACCAUUUUCUCCCCCGAGUACCGCCGCACCACCUACAUGAUGAUGGCUGUGUGGUUCUCUAUGUCCUUCAGCUACUACGGUCUGACAGUGUGGUUCCCUGACAUGAUCAAGUACCUGCAGAAGCAGGAGUACGCUUCGCGCACCAAGGUUUUUGUUAAGGAGAAAGUAGACCAUGUCACCUUUAACUUCACUCUGGAAAACCAGGUCCAUCGCCAAGGAGAGUACUUCAACGACAAGUUUAUGAACCUGAAAAUGAGGUCUAUGGUGUUUGAGGACUCACUGUUUGAGGAGUGUUAUUUUGAGGACAUCACCUCCAGCAACACUUUUUUCAAGAACUGCACCUUCAUUGCCACCCUCUUCUACAACACAGAUCUCUUCAAGUAUAGGUUGGUCAACUGCAAGCUCAUCAACAGCACUUUCCUGCACAACAAAGAGGGCUGCCUGCUCAGUGAUGUCAGUGAUGAGAACAAUGCCUAUAUGGUCUACUUUGUCAGUUUCCUGGGCACCUUGGCUGUGUUGCCAGGCAACAUCGUCUCUGCACUGCUCAUGGACAAGAUCGGACGGCUGAGGAUGCUAGCGGGCUCCAGUGUGAUCUCUUGCAUCAGCUGUUUCUUCCUGUCUUUUGGCAACAGCGAGUCAGCCAUGAUUGCUCUGCUCUGCCUGUUUGGGGGAAUCAGCAUCGCUUCCUGGAAUGCCCUGGAUGUGCUGACCGUCGAGCUCUACCCCUCUGACAAGAGAACCACAGCAUUUGGCUUCCUCAAUGCCCUCUGUAAAUUAGCGGCUGUUUUAGGAAUCAGCAUCUUCACCUCGUUCGUUGGUAUCACCAAGGCUGUGCCCAUCCUCUUUGCUUCGGGGGCACUGGCGAUGGGCAGUUUUCUGGCCCUCAAACUACCAGAGACGCGGGGUCAGGUGCUGCAAUAGUGUGGCGCCAACAACUUUAGGGGGGGGCAGAAGAGUUUUUGCCACACUGUGAAUGAACAGCUCAAGAGCCCUCCAAACCCUACCCUCUCACCCUCCCUCAAAAUGAUAGAGUAAAGUUUGUGCACAUACUAAGACCACACAGAAGAGCGACAAAGAUCUGAUGUAAAUAUUUGGGAUUAGUGAUUAUUUGAUAGUUACCCAUCCAUGCUAUCAAUAGUGAAGCUGUGAAAAACCAUUAGAAUGACCGAAUAAACCUUGAGCUGAGACAAAUUGUUGUUGGUUGCUCAGAUUUUCUGCAGAAACAUGAGGCUAAAGUAAUAACAUUUUUAGUGAGAGCAUGACAUUUCGUUCCCGGAAUAUAAUAGUAAAUUUAGAUUCAGUCCCCCCAAGGAUGACUACAUACACCUGGGGUUGGAGGUCAGGGGAUGGGGGCUCUUGAAAAUGAGCCAUGCAAAUAGACUUAUAGAAAUGACCACUAGCCAUUGUUGCAGAGUUCUUUGUAGUCACUUCCAUUCUUCUGAUCAAAUUCACCUCACCCGUCAAGUCUCGAGUACUUUGCUAUUGUCGGACAUAGAAUCAAAAAUGUGUCAUUUUUCGCUUUCGGUUGAAGCAUUUUUGACUUUGCUGGGUAAUACCAAAACACUCUUGGCUUUCUCUUUAAUCAAAGACAUCAUCGUCAUUCUUUAUCUUCUGAGGUCUUGUGUUGGUGUACAGACUAACUGCCAUUUUAUAGAUUAUAGAACAUUCCAGGUUUGCUUUUGUUGUUGUUAGAAUGUGAUGAGUUCAUCGAGCCCCUCUCCCUUUAAAACAUUGUUUCUGAUCACCUCCAAACAUUCAUGAGAGCAUUCAAAUCAGUCAAUGGAUUUGUUUUUCAUCGCCAAGUGCACAUUUUGUGCUGUCAUGAUCGCCAUUUCAUCACAAAGAUGAAGCUGUUUGUUAAAAUGUACAUUUGAAGUACAACCAGUGAGAAUGUUCCAAACAAUAUUUGAUUAAAAUGUUCAGGAUCUCACACUCAAUCAUCAUAGUUUAAUCAUAUGAUAUAUCUCUUUGUAAGAAAUGCCUUUUCGGAAGCUCUCCUCCCAGACUUAGACUUUUUCUUUUAUGAAAUAUGUUUUGGAGGGUGUUAUGCAUGGCACAAUGUAUGUAUGUAAAUUUAUGAAAAUUCAGAGUACAACAUGUGAACAGCAUUCUGGACAAGUUGCAUUUGCUCAUCGAAUAAUCUCUAGUUACCGUUAUGUGUUGACAUUUCCUACCCACAAAAUACUUCUGCUCUUGGUAGCGGCGAUAACAUGAACAUUGAUGUACCUUACCCCAGUCUUCUUAGAGCACACGCCACAGAAUGGUCUAAAAAUAUUUUAUUCCUUUAUUACCUUAAAUCAUACUAUUACAUAAGGAAGAAAAGCAGGUAAUCAACAGGAUUAAAAAAGUUACACAAAAAGCCUACAGUUUUCUUUUUUACUGUUUUAUUGCAGGCACAAUUUGUUUUAAGUGUGUAAGGGAUGACAGAUAAACUAUAAUCUAAUUAUUUGUGUGAACCGAAUGUUUAUAUUAAUGAACGUGCUUCAUGAGUGCAAUAUUGAACCUCUGUGCAAUAUUGAGAUUUUGUUUUAUUUUUUAUGUCUUUUACGAUUUUGUUACCAUUUAGCUACCAUUUGGCAAACCAAUUCUGAUUUGUGAAAGGUUGUGGGGUAGCUGUCUUAUAUUGAUAAUGGAACAUGAUGUGAUGGUGUGUGAACGUACUGGACCUACUUAACCUGUUUUUUCUCUUGGGUCAAGAAAGACUGAAUUUAAUAGAAAGUCAGUAGAGUAGAUAUUAAAAUUGCAGCAGAGUUCUUCUAUUUUAAAUUUUCCUAAUGUGGAUGUCCUUGGAGCACAUAACACGUUGAACAACGAGGAUUAAAUGCAGUUGAAAAUGAUUAUUCUGCUAAUAAGGGCAUGGAUUUUGAGUCCACUGGGGCAUUGUGUUUACUUGUGCUUUAUUAGACAAAUGUAGCUAUAUAUAACACGACAUUCACCAUAGAGAACUCACAGUCAAGGGCUGAUUGUCAUAUAUCCCACACUGGUAACAGCACAGAGUUUCGGCAUAAAUGAUUGCCACAUUCCCCUGAUCUUGACACGCAAGGAUAAUAUGUUCACAAUUGCAUGAUAAAAGAAAAACAAUCAUUAACAUGUCAGAUUAACAAAAAAAAUAGUUUCCGUCCAAACUGCCAUUUUGUAGGAUAGCAGCCAUACAUAGACUCAAGACAGUUGAAUAAAUAGAAAACCCAUUGCACUAAUUGUACACGAUCGUACAUGCACAAUUGUGAAUGCCUUGAGGUCUUCAAGACGCAUUCUGAUACAGCCUUGCUAGAGACUGAACGAAGGACAAGGUGAGCGUUUAGCAAGAGCACAAAGACCAAAACCUACUAAAUGACAAGAUUGUGAACAUAAGUGCAGUUGUGAACAUAAGUGCUUCAAGCUUUGAUGACCUGCCCCUUACAUCUCACUCCCUCUGUCUCACACUGAUCUCGCUCCAAAUUUGACAUCUGACCCAUUAGUUAUGAGUGUGCCAUCGCUCAUAAAUUAUUGCCAAAUAUUUUGUAUGGCCUGAAUUUACACAUUACACCAUGAAUUCCAUGAAGUUAUAAAUAAAUGUACUUAUAACAUACUACAUUGCAGUAGGUUUUUGUAGGUUUUCAGCUAUUGAUCACGUGAAACAAGAACAACUGGACUCAUUAUGGUAAUGAAGAUUUUUCACAACUCAUCUCCAAAGCGUCUUUAAGCGUCCAGCUGCUCUUGUUUUAAAACUACAAGAAAUAAUGGCUUCAGAAGCCAAAUAGCCAGAAAGUCAGAAAACUAAAUUUGCCCAGAUUCCCUCUUAAAAGCACAUUGAUAGUAUAUAAAUGCACAAUUACUGUACAAAUAUAAAAAGUCAGCAGUCCUAUUCUCUCUAUGUUGUCCUGUAUCACCCAUGAAAUUUAAGAACCACGAUGUCAAGAUAACUGUUGUAUUUGUUCAACAUUGAAUGCUGUUAAAGCUCUAACCUGUCUCAGUGACUCAGUUCAGACUGUCCAAGUCAAAAUUGUCUCUCUUUUAGAUACAUAUCUUAGCUUAUGUUACAGGGUUUUUUUGUAUAAUUAACUUGUUGCCUGAGCAACAGUCAAUCGUGCGUGCAAACGUUAACAAAGCAAUAAGUGUUUGGGUAUUUGUCUCUAAUUCUCUUCUUUGAAGCUAUUGGGAAUUGGAGCACAUUACUAUAUGCUGGCCUUGUCCACUAAAAUGCUGAGUGUUGGCUUAAUAAUGACACAGGACUUAACAGCUAACAUUCAUGUAUACUCUCUAAAAACAACACUAAGUCUUGAAGCUUUUGUCAAUAAGAUUGCAUUGCCAUUAAUUAAAUGUAACAAAGAAUCUAUCACUUUUGUCAUUGUAGUGUGCUGUAGAAAUUGUAGUUGAUUGUAUGUAAGUAUAGAAACUGUUUGUGAAACCAUGAAUAUAAAAAAGUAAAAAAAAAAAGAAAAAAGAAAAAAAGAAGUGUAAAUGCUGUAUGUUGUCUUUGAUUUUGUGUGUUUUGUAAAAGAGAAUGAAAUAUAAGAAAAUACAUCAAUGUUAAAUAGUGGUUAUGAAUCAUAGUUAGCCUAAAUGUGACAACAUCAGUUCUGUUUAAAGGUGUGUGAGAUUUUUUCUUAUAUUAUAUCAUUGUUGAUUUUUGAAUGGGGUUGCACUAACUGACCCUUUGGAAUCACAAUAGAUAUAAAGAACCAUGAAGAAUAAACAAGUGGAAAAUUAUGUAAAGUCAA